AUGGUGUGCUGCUGCUCUGCAUCACCAACAGAUUUGAGCGAGCCGAUUGACCUGUUUUCUGAAUGGAUAGAUGAAGCUGAGCGUGUUAAUGCUGAGCAAGUUCAAAAGGUUAUAGAUUCUCCAAGAUACCUGCCAAGCGUUGCUUCUUACCGUUCAGCUACUGCUGCGUUACCUGAUCGUGGACUCGGGCCACCAUCCCUCACGUUCCGUCGAUUAAUCUUUCCAACGAAGCGCUCACCAUGA